CUCCGAGCCCGCGGGCCCCGAUGAGGAGCGCCCCUGCGCUGCCGGACUGACGCCUCGCCGCCCUCCCCGCGGACGAGGAGGAGCGCUGCCCCGCGGCGGAGAGUGCGGCGCCCCUGAUCGCGGGCCGCCCCUGCACCGCCCUCCCCGGUGGGGGCUCGUCUGCCGCCUGCGGGGCGGGCGGCGCGGCGCGGCGGCGAGGCCGGGGGAGCGGGGAGCGCCGCCGCCGAAGACCAUGAGGAAAUUUAACAUCAGGAAGGUGCUGGAUGGCCUGACGGCGGUCUCCUCCGCCGCCUCGGCGUCGUCCGCCGCGCAGCAGCAGCAGGCGGGGAACCGUGAGACCGAAAUCCAGGAGACGCUCCAGUCCGAGCACUUCCAGCUCUGCAAGACUGUACGCCAUGGUUUCCCCUAUCAACCUUCAGCUUUGGCAUUUGAUCCUGUUCAGAAAAUACUGGCCAUCGGGACUCAGAGUGGAGCGCUAAGGCUCUUUGGUCGGCCAGGAGUUGAAUGCUACUGCCAACAUGACAGUGGAGCUGCAGUAAUCCAGCUUCAGUUCCUGAUUAAUGAGGGAGCUCUUGUGAGUGCCUUGGCUGAUGAUACCUUACACCUGUGGAACUUACGUCAGAAGAGACCUGCUAUACUUCAUUCACUCAAAUUUAACCGAGAACGUAUAACAUUUUGUCAUCUGCCUUUCCAAAGUAAAUGGCUAUAUGUGGGCACCGAAAGAGGAAACAUUCACAUUGUCAAUGUGGAAUCAUUUACUCUCUCAGGCUAUGUCAUCAUGUGGAAUAAAGCCAUUGAACUGUCGUCCAAAUCUCACCCAGGACCCAUUGUCCACAUUAGUGACAAUCCAAUGGAUGAAGGAAAGCUUCUGAUUGGCUUUGAGUCUGGAACAGUGGUAUUAUGGGAUCUGAAGUCAAAGAAGGCAGAUUACAGAUACACACAUGAUGAGGCUAUCCACUCCGUGGCUUGGCAUCAUGAAGGAAAACAAUUUAUUUGUAGUCACUCAGAUGGUACCUUGACCAUAUGGAAUGUCAAAUCUCCUACCAAACCGUUCCAGACAAUCACUCCACAUGGAAAGCAGCUGAAGGAUGGAAAGAAGCCGGAACCCUGCAAACCUAUCCUUAAGGUGGAAUAUAAAACAACUAGAGCUGGGGAGCCUUUCAUCAUUCUCUCAGGAGGCUUGUCAUAUGACACUGUAGGAAGAAGACCCUGUUUAACAGUUAUGCAUGGGAAAAGUACUGCUGUGCUAGAAAUGGAUUAUUCUAUUGUUGAUUUUCUAACCCUCUGUGAAACACCAUAUCCUAAUGACUUUCAGGAACCGUAUGCUGUAGUUGUUCUCCUAGAAAAGGACUUAGUACUGAUUGACCUUGCACAAAAUGGGUACCCUAUAUUUGAGAAUCCCUAUCCUUUAACUAUACAUGAAUCUCCAGUUACCUGUUGUGAAUAUUUUGCUGAUUGUCCUGUGGACCUCAUACCUGCACUCUAUUCAGUUGGCGCUCGACAGAAACGUCAAGGUUACAGUAAGAAGGAAUGGCCGAUCAGUGGAGGCAACUGGGGUUUGAUCACUCAGAGCUAUCCAGAGAUAAUUAUUACAGGGCAUGCUGAUGGGUCAAUCAAGUUUUGGGAUGCCUCAGCAAUAACGCUGCAAGUACUCUAUAAGCUAAAAACAGCCAAAGUAUUUGAAAAAUCACGGAAUAAAGAUGACAGGCCAAACACAGAUAUAGUAGAUGAAGAUCCAUAUGCUAUUCAGAUCAUCUCAUGGUGUCCAGAAAGCAGAAUGCUGUGCAUAGCUGGAGUUUCUGCGCAUGUCAUUAUUUACAGGUUCAGCAAGCAGGAAGUGACAACAGAAGUCAUUCCGAUGCUGGAAGUACGUCUGUUAUAUGAAAUAAAUGAUGUUGAAUCUCCAGAUGGCGAGCAGGUGCCACCUUUACCAACUCCAGGCACAGGUUCCAAUCCUCAGUCCAUUGUUCCCCAGUCUCAUCCAUCUACUAGCAGCAGUUCAUCUGAUGGACUUCGUGAUAAUGUCCCAUGUUUAAAAGUUAAAAAUUCUCCUCUCAAGCAGUCUCCAGGCUACCAAAUUGAGCUAGUUAUCCAGCUAGUGUGGGUGAGCGGAGAACCUCCUCAACAGAUAACCAGCUUAGCAGUCAACUCAGCGUAUGGCCUAGUAGUUUUUGGAAACUGUAAUGGUAUUGCCAUGGUUGAUUACCUCCAGAAGACAGUGCUCUUGAAUCUAGGCACUAUUGAACUGUAUGGCUCCAAUGAUCCUUAUCGCAGGGAGCCACGGUCUCCCCGAAAAACUCGGCAACCGUCUGGAGGUAUGCUGACUGUGGCUUCUUGCAUGUGCGGCCUUUCUAACUUAUAUUCAGAGUCUGUGAAAAAGCUUCGCACCUCUUAUAUAACAGGUCUUUGUGAGAUUAAUGAAGGUACAGUGGUGCCAGAAGACCGCUGCAAAUCACCCACUUCAGGUUCUGGUUCACCAAACAAUUCUGAUGAUGAUCAAAAAAUGAAUAAUUUUAUAGAAAAGGUGAAGACCAAAAGCAGAAAGUUUUCCAAGAUGGUAGCCAAUGACAUAGCAAAGAUGUCCAGGAAGCUAAGUUUGCCAACUGAGUUAAAGCCUGAUUUAGAUGUUAAAGACAACUCUUUCAGUCGAUCCCGGAGUUCUAGUGUAACUAGCAUUGAUAAAGAGUCACGCGAGGCAAUUUCAGCUCUUCAUUUUUGUGAGACUUUCACAAGAAAGGCUGAUACGUCGCCUUCCCCAUGCCUGUGGGUUGGGACCACGCUGGGUACAGUGCUUGUCAUUGUACUGAACUUACCCCCAGGAGGAGAGCAAAGACUUCUUCAGCCAGUAAUUGUUUCUCCUAGUGGAACCAUCCUGAGGCUAAAAGGGGCAAUCUUGAGAAUGGCUUUUCUGGAUACCACAGGAUCUUUGGUCCCACCAGCACAUGAACCCUGGAGAGAACAUAAUGUUCCUGAAGAUAAAGAUGAAAAAGAUAAAUCAAAGAAGCGACGACCUGUCUCAGUGUCCCCCUCUUCCUCUCAGGAAAUCAGUGAAAACCAAUAUGCAGUGAUAUGUUCGGAAAAGCAAGCAAAAGUUAUCUCACUGCCAUCCCAGAACUGUAUUUAUAAGCAAAACAUAACAGAGACUUCUUUUGUUCUUCGUGGAGACAUAGUGUCAUUGAGUAACAGUAUCUGCCUUGCAUGUUUCUGUGCCAAUGGACAUAUUAUGACUUUUAGUUUGCCAAGUUUAAGGCCAUUGUUGGAUGUAUAUUACCUGCCACUCACCAAUAUGCGGAUAGCCAGAACAUUCUGCUUCACCAAUAAUGGACAAGCACUCUAUCUCGUCUCACCAACUGAAAUACAGAGGCUCACCUACAGUCAAGAAACAUGUGAAAAUCUUCAGGAAAUGUUGGGUGAGCUCUUCACUCCUGUAGAAACACCAGAAGCACCGAACAGGGGGUUCUUUAAAGGACUGUUUGGAGGUGGGGCACAGUCACUUGACAGAGAAGAACUCUUUGGAGAAUCAGCAUCUGGGAAAGCAUCAAGGAGUCUUGCCCAGCAUAUUCCAGGGCCUGGGGGUAUUGAAGGUGUCAAAGGAGCAGCAUCUGGUGUAGUUGGUGAACUAGCACGAGCCCGGUUGGCACUAGAUGAAAGAGGACAGAAACUAGGAGAACUGGAAGAAAAAACUGCAGCUAUGCUUUACAGUGCUGAUUCUUUCUCAAAACACGCUCAUGAGAUGAUGUUGAAGUACAAAGAUAAGAAGUGGUACCAAUUCUGAUGACGCUCAUCCAUUACAUCUGUUUAAUUUUGUCCUGAUGAAAAAAUCCUGGUUUUUCAUUAAUUUUGGCAGGACCAUUGCAAUUUAAAGGAGUAUUCACCAUUGGAUACUGUUGUUUCCUAGCACAAAUCACACACUGUUUUACCUCAGUUGUGGCUUUAACUGAGGAGCUUUAUAUUUAGAAGAAACACACACAAAAAAACAAACUUGAGUGUUUCUUAGCUGUUGGUUAGCUGAGAGUUGGAACAGAGAAGGUAACUAGAAUAUGUGGAAAAGAGGGUAAAGGGAAAACGUAGUGUGAGAUGGGCAGGGGCAAUGCAGGGUCGAUCCUGUGUUAAUAUUUCAUAUGCCAAAAGUUUUUGUGCUGCCAGUGUUAAACCCUCCUGUGAGGAGAGGCAAUAAAUCAGGGGUCCAAGAGCUGGAAUAAAGUUGUUUGUCUUGCUGGACGGUAGCUGACUUACACUUACCCUCUCUAGGACUCACUAUAUUUACCAUUAUUGUUGAAGAAGAGUUGAAGUUUGCUGUCACUUCUUUCAUCGGAAAAGCUGGAAGCUUGGAAGAUUUCGUGUUGAAAACUGUAUACAUAGUUGACCUGUGCAUAGUCUUUUCUUGGACCCCUGAUCUAGUAUUCUUGUAUUCACAUCAUAUUCCGUGAAGUGCAAAACAAGAGAAUACACAAUUUUUGCAUUAAAAAAGUCAAGUGAAUAAUAUGACUGGAAUGUGUCAUGCUGGGAGUUUUCAUUUGUGUUAUGGCCGUGCAAUGUGAAAUGUGGUAACAUCUUCAUUGUGGUAAGAAUACUUCAACUUCUGUUCAGUUAAAUAUUUUUUGCCAAAAAUAGUUAUUGGUUCGGUUUGUAUAACAUUUUGAAUUGGCUGUGGGUUUCAUUCAUGCUGUGAAUUUUUAUAAGUGUUUAACAGAAUGUAUCUUUACAGCCAUUAAUUAAAAUAGUUUUGCUCAAAACUUAAGUUCUAGAUGCCCCUUUAGUCCUUUACUAUGGAAUCAGAUAAUCUUGGACUCAGGUUUUCAAACAGUUUUACACUCCGUGGAGGUGCUGAUGCAUGAAUGAUGGCAAGCAUCUAAUAUUUAAUAAUUGUCAGUAUAUUGUUUAGCAAAUUUCUAAGUCCUGCUAGUAGAGCUAUUUUACAAGUACCUGCCUCAGCCCCACCCAGCACUAAAGGCAGUUGGCCUAAAGUUUGGAUUUAGUCUCUAAAGCAGUGUUUUCAAUGUGGGCAGUGGUAAGUGUCCACUAAAACUUCAGGAAUUGGUGAAAUAAUGUUCAGUUUGGGUGAGGUAAAUAAUAUAGCUGAGCUAACUUGUUAAUGGCUGCUGCACUAAAGCUGUAACAGUGGGAAUGACCAGAGCUCUUUUUAAAAGAGAGGAAUCCUGAAAAUGAAUGCUUGCAUUUUAAAAAUUUAUUUAGACUUUUUUCCUCAAAGCAGGAAUAGUUACUGACUGGUUUUGUUUUAUAAAAGUGAGUACUUAAAAGCUGAUAGGUCUACAUUGUCUGAAAUUAAUCAUUUGGGUUUGCUUCUCCAAGCAUCACAUUCUGUGUGUUUUUCUCACACUUUCUGAAUGUCCCCAAAGCAAAACCGUGGUUAUAUUUGUAUUGUGAAGUGAUGUUGCAGGUACAUAGACAAGGCAACCUUACAAAACACUUGAAGGAUGCAAAAUAUUGAAGUUACUGAUGGUUCUUAAUUCAUUUUUUCAAAUGAAAGGCAAAUAUGUUUGGGCUUUGUAGCACAAAUUGAUAAAUUUUCUGAUUUUAUGUAUAGUCACAUUUAAUUAAAAAAGACAAGUGAAUUCUGUUGCCAGUACAAGGCCAUGCCAUACCAUGUCCACUGUUGAAAGAACUUAACAAAUGAGAACGUGACAAUUUGAACAAGCAGCAUUACGAUUUCUUGAUGGCUCUGUCCCAUAGCUACUGAGGCAAUGUUAACUCCAGUUACUUAACUCAGCUUGCCAUGCAAUUUUUGCCUCUGCAUGUUAGUUAAUUUCUUUUUUAGUGUCUAAUGCAUAUUUAACACCGUUUUGUUAAAAAUCCAGGUAGAAGAAAACUCGAUAAACUACUAUCCAUACCAUUUCCAAAAAUAAAACACCCUAGCUGACACUUGUCCCCUUCCUUAUCUCUCAUUUAUAAAUUGAGAUGACUGAUCAUUAUUUGACCUGAUGAAGAUGAACUAUAUUUCAGAGCAACAGAAUCCUGGAAAAUAAGUCUGGCCAGGCUCUGGGGGAGAGGAUGGCAUAAGUACUCUUCAGCAAAUCAUGGUAUCAGUUCAAUGGAAGAUGACCUUGGCUUGAGAGGAAAGCGUACUUAACUUUCUCAUCAAGACACAUUUGACAACCACCAGCAAGCAAAAAAAUAAGAGGCAAUGAGAGACCAUCUACCAGUACAAGAAGAGUAGUGGCUUAUUUGGUAUUGUAGAACUUAUCAUAGUUGAAUCCUUUUUUUGUUGCAUAUGUUCAGAGCAUGCUUCUAGAUUUGAUGAAAUGAUUGCUCAUGAGAUGAAUACACAAAUGGUUCUUGGUCAAUAAAAGGGGCUAUGUACAAUUUUAGUCUAAAACCUUCCUUUUUCCUUCUCUGUGGAAGGAAGUUGAUGUACACACAUCAUUGCAUCUUAUUCUGCUAUUGGUGGUGCACCUUUUGUACAGCAAGGUAUAUUGAAAUCCUUGGGGGGAAGCACCCCUCGUUUUUUUCGCUAGCAUUUUAGUUGUGUGAAACUUUUUUAGAGUGUCUGGAAAACUAUAAAAUACAAUUGAGCUAUUACUUUUCUAUUUUUUUUGAUGGAAGUGUAAGAAACUGCUGCUACCUAUCUGUUUAUAUGUAGUGUGUCUCAUUAGGAACUGUUAACUGAAGAAGCUUUUCUUCACCUUAGUCCUGCCAAAUUGUAACUUUUGAAUGUUGAUAUGUGUAAAUACACGUGUAUUCCAAAUAAGUCUGAAAGUGUUACACCACAGGCAUCUACAGUGAUUUGUUCUUCAGCAAACAGUUAUAAAACAUAGUAAUAUAUAGCUGUGUUCCUUGUCUGUCUCCAUGCAAAGAUUUUUAGCUGAGGUGGUACUUGCAUGGCAGGUGAUGUUGGAAAGCUACAUCCAAAGGAGGAUUUUUGGA